UCUAUUGCCGCGACCCGAAUUUCGGGUGGUGAGAUGAUUUUCCCAGGAAAAUUCAAUGUUCACUGAAUUUUCAAACAAUUUCCUGAUUUUCUAAAUAAAUAAUCCGCAUUUUUAGGUUAAAAUGCAAGGAAUGGUGUCCCCCAACUUGGAAUUAUGUUGGUUUUUCUCAUAAGACCAUGUUCAAAGUAUUUAAAAGCUUAAAAGCCAGAAAUGGGGGAAGUCAUUCCUCCUUAAAUUCUAAUAUGGUCACAAUGAACGCAGACAAGGCUGCCAUCAAACGUAAGCCAGACCCUUCCACCUCAAGUUGCAGCAUUCAGUCUGCAAAUGAAGAAAUUCCCUCUUUACAACAGUCUUACAUUACUGAUGAGUCUCCCAACCUUUUGCUAUACAAAAGGAUGGAGAAAAUUAUCGAAAAAAUGCAGGAUGAGACUAGCGGAGUGCCCGUACGCACAGUGAAGUCCUUCAUGUCUAAAAUACCGUCAGUUUUCACUGGAUCCGACCUAAUAACGUGGAUGGUGAAGAACUUAGAUGUCGAAGACCAGCAAGAAGCCCUGCAUUUAGCUCAUCUAAUAGCUGCCCACGGUUAUUUUUUUCCAAUUGAUGAUCACAUGCUUACGGUGCGGAAUGAUGGCACUUUUUAUAGAUUCCAGACUCCUUAUUUUUGGCCGUCCAACUGCUGGGAACCAGAAAACACAGAUUACGCUGUGUAUCUCUGCAAAAGAACAAUGCAAAAUAAAACCAGGCUAGAAUUGGCCGAUUAUGAAGCUGAAAACUUGGCGCGACUUCAGAAAAUGUUUUCAAGGAAAUGGGAAUUCAUUUUCAUGCAGGCCGAAGCUCAAAGUAAAGUGGAUAAGAAGCGAGAUAAGUUGGAACGGAAGGUUUUAGACAGUCAGGAAAGAGCGUUCUGGGACGUUCACAGACCAAUGCCUGGAUGUGUAAAUACUACUGAAGUCGAUAUCAAGAAAGCUUGCCAGAUGAACAAGCCCAGCAAGGGGCUGAAAAAGUUGGAAAUCGGGCCUCCCAAAUUGUCGCCUUCUACAUCAGGCUUGCAUCCCAAAGUAACAGUGGAAUCCCUGCACAAGCAAAUCACUCUAUUGAAAACCCAACUAGAGAGACGGAAUAUUAAAGUGUCCAAAGCCGCUGAAACAUUCAUUGCCUAUUUCGAACAAUAUAUAGAAUAUGACCCAUUUUUCACACCUCCUGAGUAUACAAAUCCUUGGGUAUAUGAUAACACAGAGUUAUGGGAACCAGAUAAAAUGGCAAAUAACAUAUCAUCGCGUCGUGUAAAGAGAUGGGCGUUUAGCUUGCAGGAAUUGCUGGCUGACCCGAUGGGUAGAGAACAUUUUGAGCGGUUUUUGGACAAAGAAUUUAGUGGAGAAAAUUUAAAGUUUUGGGAGGCAGUUCAAGAGCUGAAAGCGCUGCCACAAAGCCAAGUGCAAAGCAAAGUCAGAGAAAUCUGGGACUAUUUUUUAGCAUCGGAUGCCAAGUGCCCCAUAAAUGUGGACUCCCAUUCUUACGAAAUAACUAAAAAGAACAUGGAAACAGCUGAUAAUAGAUGGUCCUUUGACAAUGCCGCCGCUCAUGUUUAUCAUCUUAUGAAAAGUGAUAGCUACUCCAGGUAUCUACGCUCGGAAAUGUAUAAGGACUUUCUCAAUGGGUCUAAGAAAAAGACAUCUGUUAAAGGAAUUCGCUCAAUAGUAUCAUUUUCAGCUCGUAAAGAUAAUGUAAUAUAGAUAAAGAUGUUCAUAUAUAAUCAAAUGAACUCGUUAGAAAAAAAUGAGUUAAAACGAUCGACAAUACAAUAUUUUUGCCUCCAUCGGCAGCUUUUAAAAACCCUUUUGUUGUGACUUCAAAAUAGAAACCAUCAUAUUGUGUGAUGGCAUUUUGGAAUACUUCGGUCACAACAAUGGAUCUUUUUUGCGUGAUAAUUGAGGGUAUUAUAGUGACUCAGUAUUAUUUUAAAAUUAACUCUCGAGCUCCUCAAUAAUAUAAAAAAGAGUAUUAGUUAGAACCAUGUUGGAUUCAGUAAUUGCGUUGGUUCAUUUUCUUGCCAAAGGUUUAAUGUUUAGGGUAGUUAGCGACGCAUGUACAAACAUUAUGUGUUGUAUGUUAGCAAAUAUAACCGAAAAUAAAACCUGUUGAAUAUAAAUACUGCGUCACUGUAACGAUGAGUUCUUUUCAAUGCAGUGUCAGUUUUUAUUAGCACUGCCAAAAGAAAGAAAAAAACGGGUGUAUGCGGAAUAUAUACAGGUUAUUAUAACGGGUAGGUUCCAUAUAAAGAUUUAAUGACAUAGAUUAGCUUAUUCUAGCGUUAUAUUACAAGAAAAGGCACAAACACGUAUGGGGUUUUUAGUAAUUCAACGCCCAAUUUUUCUGUCUAUACGUUUUGAGCAAUAACGGUUGGGAUUAUUUUUGUUUCAUGGGUAACGGGUAUUUUUUUUCGAUUAGAUUAAAAUCGGUACGACAUUUGCUAUAAUUGGUCAAAGAUGCCUGUUAUGUCUUUGGGUUAUUCAAAAAUAUUGUUUUAUAUUCUGCCGCAAUCGAUUAACCGAUCACGGUCAUCAACUUACAAUUACGUAAAUUGUUUAUUUCAAUAAUGAAAGCGCCGUUUUAGAUUAUUAACAAAAUUUUCCGACAUUUUUGCAACAAAUAAUUGUUUUCGUUGAUAUUAAAUGUGUAUUCGUCUGCCAAAGAUUCGAUUUCUGCAAAAAACUUGGCCAACAUCAACGCUCUCCACUGGCACUGCAACCAGCGACUAUUGCCUGUUUGAUCAUAAAUUGUACAAAUUUCCCUAAUGUUUAGUCUUCAGUUUCAAAGCCUUUAGGAGAUUUAUCCUUUUUCUGGUUGGUUUGUUCAUCCGUUACGGUUAAAACUAAGAUUUACUUUAGGGCUUGUGGGGUACACUUUACUUUGCUAGGAGCGCCAGUUUAAAUUUGAGUUUCUAAAUAUGUAUGUCUAAUAAUAAAGGCAUAAUCUCGAGAAGGCAAUAAUCCCUUUUAUUAUUUUUUUGGUUUGUGACUAGCCGGCGUACAUAUCAUUAAUAACGGUAUAUGAAUGUUUUUUCGUCACAUGUUAGUCAAAGGUCUUAAUUUCUGAACAUUAGUAUUCAAUUGGACAUGGGCUGUUGUAAGAUCUCUCAAUUUGGUUGUUUUUCUUUGUGUUAAAGGGACUGAAUGAGCACACAAUUCAUGUAGAAUGGAAGUAUGGAUUGUAUUUUGUUGAUUCAAAUAGCGUGCCUUUAGGAAUAAAAAUCUUCCAUUAGUUGUUUUAUUAUAUACAUUUGUAUUAUUUGUGGACUCAUAGCUUUUGCUAUUAUGUAGUGUUAAUAUAGGGUCAUAAAGCUUUGGGCUUUUUAGUAAUAUUUUUUAGUAAGUCAUCUUCACACGACAUGUAUUGGAAUCGUUUUCAUAAUGGAGCACUGAAUUUUUUAAAUUUAUCUAGUCAAAUUUUCAAUGGAUUACGUAAUGUAAGCCAGCUAACUCAUUGAAAAAUAUUACUUUUAAAUUAAGGGGCUUUUUAAUUUGGCCUUUAUUCACGCACUAAAAAUAUGCUUUAAAACUGUAUAUGCUAUAAAGAAGUGAUAAAGCUGCCUAUAUAUACAUACAUAUGUUGUAGCCAAGUUGAUAUUAAUUAUACAGUGUUGUAAAAUUUGUAAAUAUUGUUCACUGGCUUUAAGCUUUGUGUAUAAUCAUAUAUGUGCCCUUAUCAACUUCACCGAUUAUUUAUUAAACAGCUGUUUUUUCACUGCAUAACAGCACUAGAGUUACCAAUAGUGAAAAUAAUUUGAGGCACUGUGUAGGGAGAUGUAGAUGUUAUAGUGGGCGUUAUGCAUUAUUUCAGCAAUAAACAGGAUGGUCAUGAAUUCUUGACAAACUUUACUAUCAUAUGCUUGAAAGCGCAUCUUUCGACAUAUCAAAAAAAAUCUUGUAAGUGAUACAAUUCGUCGAGCUUUUUUUAGUUGCAAUAAUUACAUCGGCAUCAGAUGCUGAUUGGGGCUUAAAAAACAUUUAAUCGAGUUGUUUGCUCUUUUCUUAUACUCUUGUUAAGAUACCGUUAUCUAACAAUGGCAUUGUACAAACCUGAUAAAAAAUUCGUAACCAUCUGAUAUGGUUUUGCUCGGUGUUGUGUGUUAUGCACUCGACUCGAAACAUUAAAAGUAUGCACUAAUGACACAUACAGUAAAAAAUAAAAAUGAUUUUGCUGUUUCGCAACACUACGUAGAAUAUCGAUGCGGCUUUUUACGAUUCUUCUCCAUGGUAGUUGUCUGGUUAUAUGACAGGAUUUGCCGGCCUUUUAAAGUUGACGACGUUUUGCCAUAUUUUUAAUAUCAUAAUAUCGCAUGUGAAUGAUUGUCCUGAGGAUGACUACGCAGAUAUAACGAAACGUUGUCAGUUGUAAAAAACCGGGUUUGGGUUUACGCCUAUCGAAAUCCCUUUGUAUGAGCAGCUAGAAUUUCUUGUGGCUCGAUUCUUUAAUUGGCGCAUUUGAAAACUGUUAUUUGCCAGUCCCACUGGGUAUCACUGGUGCUAUUUUGAUAUGUAAAAUUUAAUACUGUCACUGCCUUAGUAGUUUAACGUCAUUUGAUAGUGGAUCAUAAUACAGGAUUUCUUGUUCAUCCUGUGCAUAUUUUUAGGUUUAGUACUAAAGUAAUGAAACGUUAAUCAAAGUGUGUGUUUUUAGCGUCUAAUGUUGUACAACUUGUGACCAUUAAUGCAUAAAUUGUCUAUACUGAUUGUUCAAAAACAUGCAGUUAAUUGGAGCUGCGUGUUUUGGAGAUUAGCUUAGAAUUAAACUUUAGGUGAUUUUAGCAUCAGCUUAGGUCUUAUUUAUUUAAAGUACAAAUUGGGAAAAUCGAGUAAAGACUUAUUAUGUUUUAGAAAAAUUGUUUUAGUUAUAGUUUAAGAUUUAUUGCGUAAGUUAACUAGGAGCUUAGAAGAUAUUACAUCUGAACCAUACUAGCUUUUUAGAUUGGACCAUAGGGUCCUGUCGCGAGCACUAGAAAAGACUUAUUAGACACGCUAGUAUAACUUGUUAAAAAUAUAAUUUAUGUCCGUUUGUAUAAGUACAAACAUAAUAUUUAGGCAGAUGAUUCUAGCGCCGGUUGUUCGCUGCACUUCAGUGUAAGGAAUGUUAAUAUUCCGUAUAUUUUUUCGACAGUCAGUGAGAAAUAUUAUAUUUUUGUAAUAUGGAAUAUUAAUAUUCCUUUUUAGCAAAUUGACUUUAAUGUAUAUCUGUAAAAAUAGGGAUCAACAGUUAUUUGUAAUGUCUUAUUUUCGUUGGCGAUUGAUUUGUACAGCGCGAGCAGCUGACCGCACCAAAAAGAGCAAGCACAAUGUUUAUAUUAGAGUAAACCCUUAUGUUGUUUGGAAAACACAAUAUACUUUAAUAAGUA